AUGCCUUCAGUAGUAGCCCUCGACCUCUGCCAGCUUUUUGCGCGGUCCGUCGCCCGGACGCCACACCAGCUGGCAGUCGACCAUGAGAGUGGCUCGCUCACCUAUGCAGAACUUGAUGUGGCCUCAUCGAACCUGGCUCAAAAAUUGCAGCAAGAAGGAGUAGUACCUGGCGAAGCGGUGCUCUUGCUCACCGAACACGGCACCCGGAAUAUUGUCGCACUGCUUGCCAUUCUUAAGGCCCAUGCCUGCUAUGUACCCCUGGACCGUAGUUCAUGGUCAUCAGAGCGGAUCCAGGCCGUGCUGGACGGGACGGAUGGCCGUAUCCUCAUCAACACGACCGUCGAACCGUUUGAAAGCUCGCGGCACAAAGUCAUCCAUCUCACCAGUGCCGGUGUGGCCGCUCUAUCGACAGACCGCAGCAACAUCAAGGCCGCUCCCGAAAUCGCUCCCGAGGACCUCGCCUGUCUGAUCUUCACCAGUGGUAGCACGGGAGUGCCCAAGGGGGUCAUGAUUCCACACCGUGCGGUGGCGAACUAUGCCCAAACGAGUCCAUUCAACAUGGAUGUGCAGCCGGGAGACCGAGUACUUCAUAUCCUGUCGGUAUCUUUUGAUGCCUCGACGGGUAUGCUCUUUUCCAUUCUAGGCAACUCGGGCAUCGUGGUCCCUGCGACAAUGGAUACCCUCUUCGACAAAGCGCAGACCUGCUCGAUCCUCGCGUCGACCCCCUCCAUCCUGGCUACUCUACCGCUGCCAACGGCAUUGCCAGAUAGCUACCCAUAUGUCCAUACAAUUCUGUUGGGUGGAGAGUCACCACCAGCCCCGUUGCUGUCCAGCUGGCUUGAAUUCGGUGUCCGCAUUCUGAACGCAUACGGUCCCACGGAAACCACCUGUGCCUCGUUGAUGCAGGAAGUAGAGGUCUGCCAGGAGACGGGAAUGAUCAACCGGAGUAUCAUCGGUCGUCCCAUGCCCAACGGACCGGUAUACUUGCUGCAGCCGGACACUCUUCUGCCCAUUGAAGAGGAAGGCGAAGAAGGUGAGAUUGCGAUUGCAGGCGUUGGGCUGGCCCACGGCUACUACCGGAACGCUGCCCUUACAGCUGAGAAAUUCAUCGACUGGCACGGCAAGCGAGUCUAUCGCACUGGCGAUCAAGGACGCUGGACCCGUCGUAACGAUGGCCAGCUCGUGGUCGAAUUCCGCGGCCGCAGUGAUCGCACCGUCAAAAAUCGCGGCUUCCUCGUCAAUCUACCGGCCGAUGUGGAGGAACCUUUACGCCGAAUGGGCUUCGGAGUCACCGACGUCUAUGCUUCGCUGAUCAACGGUCUUUUGGUAGUGCUGGUGACCCCGGCCACUGCCGAUCUGGAGGGCCUGCAGACCGAGGCCCAGCGUCGACUUUCUUCAUUCCAUCGGCCGGGACGAUACCUGGGUGUCGAUCAAUUUUCGCUGUCAGCCAAUGGAAAGAUUGACACCAAGGCAAUUGAGAACAUGCUGAAAGAGUACCAGGCGCGUCUCUGCGAGGGCUCGGAAGAUGAAGAUACGACAGGGGUAGAGCGUCCUACGGAGCGCGAGGAAAUCAUAGCCGAAUGCAUGUGCACUGCUUUGGGACUGGAACUCCCGUCUGCGUCGAUGUCCAAGGAUAUCAAUUUCUUCGCCGUGGGGGGUAACUCUCUGGCUGCUCUUCGAUUCACGUCAUUGUGCCGGGAACGGGGCAUCCUUCUCACUACUCGUGAUCUGUACUUGCAUCCGACAGUCAGAGGCAUUCUCCCGUAUGCUCGAGACCUGCCUCGGUCUGGUCAAUUAUUAUCCGACGAAGACGAGCAUAUCAAUGACCGACUAUCUCUCAAGGCCGAGGUCGCUGCUGCAGUUCCACUCUUGGACGGCAUUUUUCCAUCCAACAUGGAGGUCGCUCCGUUGACCCCUCUGCAGUUGGAGCUGAGCGCCCCCAUGUUCCAAAGCGAUGGGACCAACACGAAUCAGCUGCGGCUAUCAUACCCCUUGGCCACAGCCGAUCGCAUUUGCAAUGCAUGGCGGCAGGUCUGCCUCAGUGAACCCGUCUUCCGAACGCAGGUCGCGCUUGACAUCGGACCCGGCGUGCAGAUCGUUCACCCUCAGCCACGGUGCCAGCCGCAGGAGAUCAUCUUCAAUCGCCGGGACGACUACAACACUGCCUUGACCGAUCCUUCGCGUCUGGCUGUGGGACUCGGUAUGCGGUUGGAUUUUAUGAAAUUCAUCCCUAAUGACCACGAUGAAGAGGAGGGUGAGGUGACCAUUGUCUGGACGGCCCAUCACAGCUUGAUUGACGGCUACUCUUUGGGACUGGUUCUGGCGCGGGUGCAGCAGGCGGCCCAGGGGGUUACACCUUCCCUCUCCUCUUCCUUUGUGGACGCAGCGUGGAACUUGCAGAGAGUGCAGAAGCAGAGAGACGCCGAGGCAAGGCGGUUCUGGGAGCAAUACCUGCGGCCGGUGCGGUCACUCACAGGGACAAGCGCAAACCCAACGCCAGUAUCACAGCCGUACCUUGCUCAGGAGGUCCUGUUCAAGCAUGUCGGCGGCGUGGACGAGUUGCACCGACUCGCGUCCAGCUGCAGUGUCACCCUGGCGGCUGUCUACUACACCGCGUGGGCCAUGGCCUUGGCGCGGACGACCAAGACCAACCUGGUAACUCUGGGAGUGGUCUUCUCCGGUCGAGAGAUUCUCCCGGACGAUGCUCAUGCCGUCGGGCCAUUGAUGGCCACCCUGCCUUGGGUAUGCAGCCUUGAGGCAGACGCAUCCAUUGAGCGCCAGCUGCGGAGCACACUCGAGGGUCUGGCCACUAUUAGCGCCUACGCCUGGUCCGCCCCGGAUCAGAUCGGUUACCGCGUGGAGUCUCUACUGGCGACUCAGUAUGACUUUCCGGCCUACGACCAGCCCCUCCCACCUCGAGAGGAGCAAUUCUUUGAGAACACGACAUUUGCGUUGAGUCUACUGGUCGAAAAGGAUGCUCGUUUCCGUUUAGUGUACAAUCCUUCUGUGCACUGCGAGCAGACGGUGCAGCAGUAUGCCGAUACCUUCCAACAGGCGCUCAAGGCGCUGGUGAAUGAUUCGACUUUGGAGGCAUGGCUCACAGGACCAGUAGAGACACCCCUUGCGGUGGACCAGCCUUCUUCUGAUCACAAGCGAGACAAUGUACCAAAUGUGGCGGCGGCAUUUUAUGCUUCGGUCGACCUCCACGAGGAUUUGGUCGCCGUAGACGGGCCUGGAGGCUCGUUCUCCUAUCGGACACUGGAUCAGAAGUCCAACGCGGUAGCCUCGCAUAUUGCAAAACACUUCCCCAGCGCUCAGGUCAUAGCUAUUCAUGCAGACGGAACCCUCAACUGGGUGGUGGGGAUCUUGGGUAUCCUGAAAGCCGGCUGUGCCUACUGUCCGCUCGAUCCUGCGUAUCCCAUGGCGAGACGGGUCGCAGUGUACGAGCAAAGUGAUGCCAGUGCACUCUUGAUCCCUAAUGCCUGCACGUCGACGGCGGCGAUCCUGCCAAUAACCGACCUCCGCGUCUUUACAGUUCAGGAAUGCGAGACAGGUGACACGAGUAGGAAACUGUCGCUCCUCGCCAACGCAAACGAGGAUGCCCUCAUCGUGUUCACCUCCGGCACGACCGGUCGCCCCAAGGGGGUCCCGAUUAGCCACAGGGGCCUUCUGGCUUUGCAGUCGAAUCCCGAAGCUACCAUGUUCAGCCGUCCUGGCCGUCGUAUUGCUCAGUUCAUGUCGCCUGCGUUCGACUACUGCUCCAACGAGAUUUUCUCUGCGCUGCUCCAUGGCGGCACGCUGGUGCUUCGUGACCCAUCUGACCCUCUGGCCCAUCUGGCCAAGGUCGAUGUGUCAACAAUUACUCCGUCCGUGCUCAGCGUGCUGAAUCCAGACGACUAUCCUAACCUUGACAUGGUAUAUGCGACAGGAGAGCCCGUCACUCCGGGCUUGCUCGCUCGGUGGGGCGAGGGCCGAACAUUUUACAACGCCUAUGGUCCUGCAGAGUGCUCUAUUUGUACGUCGUUUACACGCCUAGUGCCCGGACAGCAGGUCACCAUCGGAAAUGCGAUUCGCACCGCACGAAUGUACAUCUUGGACCCCGAUCUACAGCCUGUGUCGGAGGGCCAGACCGGCGAGAUUUUUCUGGCCGGACAACAGGUGAUGCGGGGCUACGUGGGAGACGACGCCAAGACUGCUUACAGCGUGCUGCCGGAUCCUUGGCAUGCUGGUGAACGGAUGUAUCGCACGGGCGACUACGGCUACUGGAACGCGGACAGGCAGAUUGUCUACAUUGGACGGCUAGACCGGCAGGUCAAAAUCCGCGGCUUCCGCGUCGAGCUCGCGGCGGUCGAGCAGAAGAUGUAUCAAGAGGAGCCACGGCUUACACAGGCGGCUGCUCUCGUCGUCAAUGAUACCCUGGUGGCCUUUGUCAUGCCGCAGGACGUGGAUGUCAGCCUUCUGGAGCAGCGACUGCGCGAGUCGCUCCAGCCCAGCUGGGUGCCUCAGGUGAUUACUGCCCUCGAAGAGUUCCCCUGGACGGCCAACCGCAAGGUCGACUAUCGCAAGCUGGCGGAGAUAGCCACUCUGACACGGCCGGAGGAAGCCCUGCCGCAGCAAAAGACCAGUGCAGGGAUCACGACAAAAGAUGCCUCUAUCGCAGACGGAAUAGCAACCCUGUGGAAGAACGUGCUGCGUCUACAGGCGGGCGGCACCGCUCGGAAACUCUGCGAGGAGGAUGACUUCCGCGCGCUGGGCGGCCAUUCCGUUCUGCAGAUGAUGCUGGCGGCUCGCCUCGGCAGCACCUUUGGCAUCUCCGUGUCUAUGCGCGAUGUGAUUGAACAUCCCACCCUGGCCGAGCAGGUCGAGCUGGUACGCCGCAAACGUCAGGGCUCGAAGUCCAAGCCGCGGACCAUCUGCGACGCGUUUCCCGAUCAUUGCCUGUCGCCGUUGGAGAGGCAGACGUGGUUCCAAUACCUGAUCGCCUCUGACGUGCGCACAUUCAAUAUCCCUGUCCUUCUGCACCUUGGCGGGACCUUUGAUCGUGACCGACUGGUCCAGUCCUUCAACGCCGUGUUGGCCUCGUGCAAGAUCUUCCGCACCAACUUCGUCGAGACGUCGCUCGGACCGUGUCGAAUCUUCCGCGAUACGCCGCCACGAGUCCUGGUGUGCGACGGCGCACUAGACACGGCCAGGGAGGUCGACCGGGGCUUUGACCUGGCUCGUGAUGAGCUCAUCAGGAUCUUCUUGGACCGCCGCACCCUACUCGUGGUCACCAGCCACGCCGUCGCCGAUCUCAACAGCGUGCAGAAUCUGCUGCAGGAAGUCUCGGCCGUGUACGCGAAGAGACUAACACCGAAAGCAGACCGAUGGCACUAUCCCCAGGCCCCGGCCUGGUCGCGCCAGGUCACCGAGCAGGAACGCAAAUUCUGGUCCAAGUAUCUCGAGGGCGCUCCCCGGCGCCUGGACAUCCCGCGGUAUCCCGGCCAGAUGACCUUUGAAGGCCGCUCCCGAGUCUCCGAGUUCAAGGGAGACAUUGUUCGACGCGUUGUCGCCUUAGGCCAAGAGUACGGCAUGAGCCAGCACCAGCUGGUGUGCGCGGCCGUGGCACAGACGCUUCAGUGGCUCUCCGGCUCGAACGACGUCGUGCUCGGUUCUCCGUGGGCCAACCGCGGCCACGCCGUGGAGCAAGAGUCGAUGGGUCUGUUCCUCGAUCGCCUGCCCCUCCGCUUCAAGACGCCCAUCAAUGCAGACUGCGCCACUAUCCUACAGUCUACCCGCGAAGCAAGCCAAGCGGCCGUCUGCAAUGCCAUUCCCUUCGAGCAGGUCCUGAACCUCCUCCACCUGCCGCGGACCAUUCGGCAACACCCCCUCUUCGAAGCCAUGGUCACCUUCCACCUGAAGGGGGCAGUGGAGGAUUGUUUCGCCAUCGAGGGUCUGGAGGUAAAGCGGGAGAUGUGCUUUGCGUCGGGGGCCAAGUUCCUGCUCAUGUUCGAAUGGACCGAGAUCGCCACGGAUCAUUGGACCCUGCGCAUUGAGUACGAUGAUCACCAGCUGGACGACGCAACCAUCACCACAAUUGAGGAGAGCAUCCGGUGUGUCCUCGAAGGGCUGGCCGAGCGCCUGUCUCGAGCCGCCAUCCACGAACGCCUGAAUGCGAUGAACAGCAAGGCCAAGACCAAAGUCGACUGGAACUUCUACCACCGUCUGGUUGGAAUUCUGCGCCGAGAGAUGGCCUCCUGCUUGGGUAUCUCGCUAGACGAGUUUCCCUGCUCCGUCUCCUUCUUUGAGGCAGGCGCCGACUCAAUCCAGGCCUGGCGUUUAAGCCGUCAGUUGAAAAGGGUUGGGCUGGAGGUUCCCAUUUGCACCAUCUUCGAUCAUCCGACGGCGCAGGAUCUGGCUCAGCGUCUUUAUCGUCAGGUACUUUAG